AAAGAAAACAAAGAAAAAGGGAUGGUGCUAUUUUUUUUCCCCCUAGCGUAUCUAGGGUUCCUUCUUCUCCCUAGCAAUUCUAGGGCCUUGCAAUCUACCUACUUUUUCCGUCGAUCUACCAAUUCUCUCUCUCAAUUCCGGAUGGAGGCGAGGGAAGUUGAUAAUCUGAAUCGCAGUGUGUCUCAAUUGGGCUUGGAGGAAGAAGAUGAUGGUCUUUCUUUCUUACCAGGGGGAGGAGCGCCGCCUUUGACAGAGGAAUUUCGUACUUGGACAAUUGCUGGGCGAUUUCUUACAAGUAAGUUGAUUAAAUUUGAUAUUAUGCAACGUGUUAUGGCUGCGGCAUGGAAGCCUGCUUUAGGAGUGCGAAUUGUCCAAGAGGGAGAAGGGCUAUUUUUCUUCCAUUUCUACCAUGUGAAAGAUGCGUCCCGAAUCAUUGAGGAGGGUCCAUGGUCUUUUGAUAAUGCUACUCUUGUUUGCAAAUUGCUGGAACCUGGGGAGAUAGUAUUAGCACAUGAUUUAAAUUUUGUUGACAUGUGGGUUCAAGUUCAUGAUCUCCCUCAUGGGUACACAUCCCCUGCAAUUCUGGAAGCAGUCGGCAUAUUUGUUGGUUUGUUUUUGAAACAUGACAGAAGCCCUGUAAGUGGUGUUCAGCGUGUAUUUUACAGGAUUCGUGUCUCGUUAGAUGUGCGUCGACCACUACGUCGAAAGAUGAAACUUACAAAAAAGGAUGGUGUUGUUGUCUGGGUACACUUCAAAUAUGAACGGUUGAAUGACUUUUGCUUCUUUUGUGGGAUCAUGGGUCAUAUUUCCAAGCAUUGUAGAGAGGCAGUUUUAUCUUCCCUAGACCCAGCAGAAUAUCCAGAAUAUCCGUUUGAUGCUUCACUUAGAGCAGGGGGCGGAAAAAGGAAUCUGGGUUUGGGUUACCAUGGUUACGGUUCCAAGACCCAUGGCUUGAGGAGGGAGACAAACCAAAGGAUACACUGGGAGCAGUGGGUGUGGAGUCCGAAAGAGAUUUGGGGUUGGAAAUUGUUGCUAAAAGGAAAAGGGGUGCGGAAGAAGGGUCGAUAGUUAUGAUGGAUGCUGAUGCGAGUAUGAUGGAUGUGUCAAAAAACUUGCUAGCGGCGGGUACUGGUGUCCAGUCCCGCCGAGAUCAAUGAGUACCAUCAGUUGGAACUGCCGUGGGUUGGGCAACCGACGGACAGUUCAGGAAAUUGCGGAUCUUGUAUCCGUUAAGAAGCCCGACUUUGUUUUUCUUAUGGAACUAAAUUGUUCACGGGGAAAGGUGGAGGAGCUACGUGUCAAGAUUGGGUUUGAUGGUUUGUUUGUGGUUGAGGGUGUUAGGAGAAGUGGUGGUUUAGCACUAUUGUGGAGGAAUAAUAAUACAGCUAAUCUUAUUAGUUUCUCUAAGUUUCAUGUUGAUAUCCAAGUCAGAAUUGGGGAGAGCCCACCAUGGAGGCUGACGGGUUUUUGUGGGAACCCUAGACGUGAUCUUCGUUCAAGCUCCUGGACACUUUUACGGACAUUGAAGAAUCGAUCACCCCUACCUUGGGUGGUCAUUGGUGAUUUUAAUGAUCUCUGUGCAGCCUCAGAGAAAAGAGGGGGGAGGGCUCAUCCUCUCUCGUUAAUGGCAGAUUUUUGUUCGGCACUUGAUGACUGUGGCUUGAUGGAUCUCGGUAUGUGUGGUUAUCCCUUUACUUGGGAGAGGGGACGUGGAUCAGAUCAUUGUAUUGAGGAGAGACUUGAUCGUGCAGUGGGUACAGCUGAUUGGAUGAGACUUCACAUGAAGGCUCGUGUUUACAAUGUGGAUAUGCGCAGGAGUGAUCAUUCUGCCCUCUUAUUGAGGUUGUCGAAAGUGACUCGUCAUCCUCGGAUCCGAAGGUUCAUGUUUGAAAACGCUUGGCUUAAGGAUGCAGGGUGUAAGAAUGUCAUAAAAAGUGCGUGGGAGUCUUCGAGCUCACUGUCAUUGCCUGCACGACUUGAACAUUGCGGUAAGGAGUUGACAAUCUGGGGUGGAGACCGAUACCACCUUUUUGGUAAGAAGAUUUAAGACUUAAAGGAACAGGUGAAUCGACUUAGAAACAAGGGAGGCACCAGUCACCUUAGUGAGCUUCGUGAAGCUGAUUCUGCUUUGACCAAGCUACUGGAUCAGGAAGAUGCUUUUUGGCGCCAACGAGCUAAGCAACACUGGCUUAGGUCCAUGGACGCAAACACCAGAUUUUUUCACCAGUAUGCUUCGUACAGAAAAAAGAAGAACCACAUCCAGAGGUUGAGUAAUGGCUCGGGUACUUGGUUUGAGGGUGAUAAUCUAAAACCACUGAUCACUCAAUACUUUUCUUCCAUUUUCUGUUCUGAAUGAAGUAUAGACUCGGAGCUCUAUCAUCUUAUCCAACCGAAAGUGAGUUCGAUUCAAAAUGAUGCU